CGAGUCGAACAAAGCCUUAAUAUCUAAGAUUGCUCUUCUGGUUUCUCGUAUCACGAAACUGUCUACAAUAAGAAUGGUGCUGUGGUCAUAUCCUUCAACUCCUAAGCAACUCUCUCUCACUCUCUGCGGUAUCUUCGUCGGAAUCUCCUUCAUCUCCGCCGGCGCUUACCUCUCCUACUCCAACAUCGGCCCUCAACAAGCCCGCGUUAAGGCCCGCAAGGACUACGUCAAAUCACGUCUCAGGCAGCUCCUCCAAGAUUAGUUAGUGCGGAGUAAAUUGGUCCAUACAUGUUUCCAAAUGCUGUUCUUCACCUUUUCGGAUUUCUAGUCUCAGGCGGUUCACAACAACACAAAAGCCAAUAAACCUGUUAGGCCAUCAGCUUUGGAUUACAACGUUGUGUUCUAUGGAAAGCACCCCACAAUCAAGUGUCCAAAUGCCACCUACUGUCAACCUUACACGGGCAUAUACACUUGCUGUUCAAACACCCUCUUUUAGUGAGAUAUGGACCAAGUUUCAUCAUGACACCAUUUCUGAACAGAAUAUUGACGUAGCUGAACUUAAUUUUGAGGAGGAAACCAUGAAAUUAAAGGAUGUACUUAAACUAAGCCAUGAUGAUAUAGAAGUAGUACUUUCUGAAAUUGGAGUUGAUAAUUUUUCCCAACUUGUCUUUAACUUCUUUAACCACAGUGAGGAAACGGCCCGGAAAUGUCUACUUCUUUCUGAAAGCAUCCGCCAUGCUCGCCGCUUAUAUGACCCUCUGGAUAAACUUAUUGAGACCGUAGAUAAAUAUUCCCUUUCUCAAGACCAAUGUGAUGUGGCGUUUGAUGUAUUUCAUCAAAUCGACAAAAUUGAUAAUCCAUUCCCCGGGUCCAACAGCAUUUUCAACGAUAUGCAUAAUUGCUACUUCCAACUGAAGAAACAGAUUGACCUUCUGAUUGGGAAUUCUCGCUCAAAGCUUCAGCUUCUCCGUCAUGCAACCAGAGGUUGUACCAUAUGCUUUCUUGUUGUUGCUGUCGGAGUGGCCACCUGUGCUAUUCUGAUCGCCACUCCUGCUCUCCUUAUCCUCAUUGCUACCCCAGUCUGCCCUGCUUUCUUUCCUAUGAAGAUAAACAAAAGAGAAUCAGCGCGUCUGGUGCAGCUUGAUGGUGCUUUGAGGGAAACUUUUGUGCUUGACAGUUACCUUGAGACCCUUGAUUGUUUAGUUGAUCCUUUGCAUAAUUCAGUGGAGGACCUUAAGCGCAAUGUUCGGUUUGUGCUUGAGAGAAGCAUGGACAAAUAUAUCAUUCAGGAGGUUCUCAAGCAACUGCAAAGAAAGAACCAGAAGUUUGUAGACCAACUUAUUUGUCUUGAGGUGCACUUAUGCCUAUGCUUUACUGCUAUAAACCGGGCUAGAUCUGUCCUUUUCAAUUAUCUACUUUUUCAUCAAAGUCAUCCAUCUUAACAUUCAUAUCUGUUUCUCUUUUUGGUUUGUGAGAAGUGCUAUUAUGUUGAACUUUAAGUUAGUUAAGACUCCCAAAUGUUGUAGACUUGUAGUUUCACAACACAUUCAAGGGGCAGUGAAGUCACACCACACGUAAAUUCAUAUUCAAACAAGGACAAGGCAUGUGGCCUGGAAAAUAAUGGAGCAAAAGUAUCAAGGCAUGGUGGUAUAUUUAAUUUAGAAACCGACAAGAAAUUAUCAAUUGCACGGUUUUGGUUAACCAUGCUGUGAGUUCUGCAUUGUUCAUUUGGAUUUUGCAGUGUGAUUUUAUUCAAGUAUCAUGAAAGUUGGGAUAGAAGAAUAAGUUGUCUACUGAUUUCCACCUAUUUCAUUUUCUUUGCUUUCGUGGUGGUGGUGUUUGGUCCAUUACACAUUGCGGGAAUAAUUUUUCUCAUUUACGCAUGCAUGUCCUGAUUAAUCGUCUCCUCUAUUAUUGUUACCAAAUGUGAACAAAAACCAACCUAGAAGUUUUGAUGUUUUGUACUGGACAUUGAAUUUAGGCUGCUUAGCAGCUAGUUAUGUUCAAAACUAUUUAGAAAUAAUGACAAAUAUGACUGAAAUAAAGGCAAUGGACAAAAAUAUGAUUUAGUCACUAUCUAGUAACUUUAGUGACUAUGCAUAGUAACUAUAGUAACACUUUUAUGUUUAUCCAUUAGUUAUAUUUCAAUGAUACUUGCGGGAAAACCUCAACUAUUUAAGAUGAUUUUUAGUGUACUUUGGCAGGCCUUGAUAACAGGAUCGGAAGUGGUUUCCCUAGGUGAUUUUCUGAUUCCUCAAUUAUCCUUGCUCACAACCAGCACAUAGAGAACUGGAGCCAACUCAAAUCCACGCACCCCUAGGGAUGGACCCAACCAGUUCGGCCCGGACCGGACCGGUUGGUGCUAACCGGGCCCGGGCUUGAGAGGAUUUUAGGUGUAGAAGGAACGGGAAGGAUGUUAGAAGACGUAUAUUAGGUGCGUAAAAUCGACGGCUUAAAUGUGACUUCGGGGCUCGGCACAAAAAUCAAAAAUAUGCAAAGGAGGUCACCGUGAACAGGCGCACCUCUUCAUAUUUUUAGUUUAAUUUUCUGAGCACCCUCCAUUUUUGGUGACUACUGUUCAUGCCGGCUAAUCUCUCCGGGAAGAAAGGUUGGUUGCGGAAGAGAGAGAAAGAUAAGGGGGAAGUAAAGGAAAAUGAAAAAGAAAAAGGAAAAAGGAAAGAAAAACUGAUGAGGCUUGCCACUUUGUGCUGUGCCAGGCCAUAUGUGUGCCACAUGUGCGUCAUGUCAGCAGGUAACCCGCUGACUGGCGGGUUACCUGUUAAAAGUCGAUUUUGACGAAAAUUUCAAAGUAGGAGGACUUAAUUGACGAAACUUAAAGUAGAGGGGCAUAUUUGACUUUCCGUACAAAGUACGAGGGCCAAUCUGACACUUUUCUCUUGUUAUUAGUUUCUUGCCUUUGACAAAUAAAUAAUAGAAUAUUCAUUGCUUUA